GCGCUUCGUCUUCCCGUGCGCCAGCUCAGCGAACUGGAGUAGCUGUUGCAAGUUUAUACGAAGAUCUGUGACGGUACAUUGCGGUUGCAGCAUGGCGUCGAGAAAUGUGCUGCUAGUGCUAGCCAUAACACUCUCGGCACUGCCCGUCUCAAUCUCCAUCAAAAGCACUGUGCUGUAUGGGUACGAGGUACAGCCACUGCAGUACAGUGGCCAAGAUGGUGCCAUGUGGAACUCGUCAAACGCCACUGAGCGGCUCCGUUUCUCUGACAAUCGGUAUGGUGGACAGCGCAGUGCAACUGGCUAUCUCACUGGUGGUCUAGGCCGGCUCUCUGACGGUAUCCAGACAGGCAGCAUCACACAAGGCAUAUGGGUUCAAUGGCAACGGCCUGAGAUCCACCUGAUAUUUGACUUCCAUCAGAACGUGUCUCUGUGCCAGAUUGAUAUCCAUGCCGAAGGUCCUACGCUCGGCAAUGCCCAGUUUGAUGCAUACUAUGCACAGGAUCUGCCCCCUGACAUCCGUUGGGGUACGGGUACGCAAGGUAGCGUCGAUAAAACAGAAGCAACAGUGAGCCUGCCACGACAAUCUCCCACCGGUAGUGUCCGUGGACCAAGCAGGUCUUCUACCCGUAUCGAGAUUUUCAUCAUCGUGAAUUUUGGAAGAGUGCAGCCAUUCGCAAUCUCAGAGGUCGCAUUCUGGGAAUGCUCAUGCCCUAAAACCCAGGUGGCCACAACAUGUGCGCGGCAGACCAACUUGCAGCCGCAGCUGCCAUGUGCUGGGGCGUCUUGCCCAGGAGAGCCCAGCGCUCACUGCUACAACAACUACUGCGGCCAGCAGAGCACACGGGACUGCAGUGCUACCUUCAUCUCUAGUUCCAGCAGCAGCAAGCUGGCCAGAUGCAGCACAGCAACCAGUGUAGCACCAACAACAACAGCAGCUGCAGCAACAGCACCAGUUUCAGUGCAUAGUGGUGACAGGGGCGUCAGCCAAGACGCUGGCAGUCGUCAUAGCACCACCAAACAAGCCGGAGCAACGACAGCGAAGGACGACACGCAUAUCUAUUUGGUGGUGAUCGGUACUUUAGGAGGCGUCCUCGUCAUCAUCGUAAUUCUAUUGCUGAUCAGAGCGGGUCAGUUCCACCGAGCUAAGAAGCAGCAUCUUAAGAUUACAGCCGCAGCCAUCAUGGAUGAUGGUCAGUACUCGGCAGCCACACUGUCCCGCCACUUUGCCAACAACGCAGCCUUCGGCUUCCACAAUGAUCGGCAGAGUCGAUGCUCCGGCAGCAGCAACAAUUCACCACGCGAGAGUCCUAACCUGUCCCCGUGUGGUCAGGAGAGGUGCUACAAGUCACCUCGAGUCGGUGUGAACGGGCAGCCCGUUCUUGCGACCUACAGCAUACCCCGUGCUCAUGCACCCCAUACGCACACACCAAGCAUGCUGAGUGCAGCCAGCUCAUCGAGUCAAAUUGCGCCCAACCUAACAGACUCACGAGUAUAUCGCGGCGAUGCCACACAAACAAAGAGACCAAUCAGUAGUCCAGAUCUAAAUGAUGAAUAUAUGCCAAUGUCCAAUGAUGGAUGUGCCUCUCCAAAGUCAGCUGACUCCUAUGAAACCAUGUCAGCACCGCACUCAGAAGAAAUCCCCCGCUUUGCAGCUGGAGGCACAAGCAUCAAUGAAAUGAAGCCCACGCCGCCUUCCUCCACUCAAGAUUCUAGCAGCGAGGGUGGUAAUGAGAACAUUGUACGUCAUCAAAAGUAGUAGACCAUUUUCCUGUAGACCAUUUCCCACAGACUGUUCACUGCACUGCUGCUUAUAUGCCUUGCAUGUCGGUGUACAUGUAUGCAGUCUUGUUUUAACCACAAAUGCUUCAUCUUGGUCAUGACACAACCAAAGGGAACCAUGACAACCAACCAAUCCACCAACCAACAAGAACAAUGACAUCAGGCAUAGCUUUUCCAGGCCGAGGAACUGGCACUGCUAAAGAGGGAAAGUAAAAUUUAAUGUGAUAAGCAAAGCUGGACUUUACUUACGAGUGAGAUACAACUAUUACUUCAUCCCGUGUAAAAUGGAUAUCUACGGUUUUUGCUGUGUCUACAGAGGGAAUAUUUAAUAAUGUUGACCCCUAGGCUAGCAUCACUUGAGCCCAUAGAAGCUUAUCAUCAUGAGCGGGUUCUUCCCAGCAUUUUUUACUUGAUGAUGUCACGCUAGCAACAGGUAAUACUUGCCACACACUGACUGGCACUACGAGCAAUACCUGGUUGUUUCCUCGCCAUUUUCAGAAUCCGUUUCCCCUGAUUUCUAUCCAGAGAUGAUUCAGGCUUGAUCAUACAGUGAAAGUGCUGUGUUUCCCAAAAAGGUGGUCAACUUGCACUGUUUUUUACACUUUGGGAUUAUAUGCAUACAAUUAGUAUUGUUUUGAGAGCCAUGCGCAAGGACUUGCCACCAAUUUGAUAGAGCAACACAUGGCCCUGAUGAAGAAACAGCACUCUUUCCUGUGUGCCGUUAUCCACGUUCAUUGCUCGUAUUCUUUUCUUAUUUUGACUUGAAUUUCUCUCUACCUCCUUUUUUCUUGUGUCUUCAGUUGAUAAUGUAAUUCGGCAAAAUAUUGGUAUGCCUGUCUGUUCAUCGACUUUAAAUGAAAACAAUCCAACCAAACAACCAUGUA